UAUCCUUACAUUUCCCGGAAAAGCAUGGAAGCUUGCCUUCUCUCCUCAAAUUCCUUCACCAAAACUAUCGAGUUUGAGCCCUCAAUCAAACCUAAACCACUCCAUUUUCCCAAGAAAAAAUCCAAAUUAUUUUUCUCGAGAAAAGUUGCUUCUCCAAGUUCUAUAACAUGCUGCCAUUUGAAUGAAGAUGACAACAAGCCUUCCUUUGAGUCUGAUUGGCGUUCAUUUAGAGCAAAAUUAGUGGCAAAUGAGAAAGAAUCAAGCUCCAAGGACUCUUCUUCAGCAUGGGUCGAUCCUGAUUUGGACCAUCCUCCUCUACUCGUUACGAUUGGUGAUAAAUGGGCUCACACCAUCCAUGAGCCUGAAAAGGGUUGUUUACUUAUCGCUACCAAGAAGCUCGACGGCGUCCACAUUUUCGAACGGACAGUGAUCCUCCUCUUAACGGCAGGACCAAUAGGCCCGUCUGGGAUCAUACUCAACCGACCGUCACUCAUGUCUAUCAGAGAAAUGAGAUCAACAAUCCUGAAUGAUUCUGUAGAAUUCUCGGAUCAGUCGUUAUACUUUGGUGGGCCGUUGGAAGAUGGGUUCUUUCUGGUGAGUCCAACAAAUGAUGAAGAUAGUGUGAAGAACAGUGGGGUUUUUGAAGAAGUGAUGAAAGGGGUAUAUUAUGGGACUAGAGAGAGUGUGGGGCGUGCAUCUGAGAUGGUGAUGAGAAAUGUGGUGAAAGCAGGAGAUUUUAGGUUCUUUGACGGGUAUUGCUUGUGGGACAAGGAACAACUAGAUGAAGAAAUAAAGGCUGGUUAUUGGACAGUUGUGGCCUGUAGCCCAAGUGUAAUUGCUCUUGGAUGUGUUGGAAAUGUUGGGCUUUGGAAAGAGAUUCUUGAGCUAAUAAGUCAAUAAUAAUAAUAAUAAAAUAAAAAAGUUAUUUUCUUGAA